CCCAAAUGAGGUCGCAUGGAGCCCUUCCCUCCUCUACUUUCCUGUUCUCCACAUUUCACGAUUCACUCUGUUACUCAUUGCUGAUUCCAACUGAGCAGCAGCAAACCACGGACGACAAACAUUGAUGGUCAGACUCAAACUAUCCUGCGCAGAGACCAGGACGGAUGAUGUGUUCUGCGCAACAGCUAUUCAAUGAAAGACGAGACGCACAAAAGGAGAGAUGGGCACCAUUUCUGGACCUCCUUUUAUGCUGUCAACGGGAAAACGUCCAUUCGCCGUACUUGUAGUACCUGUCAUGGUUCUGGUUCUGAGCGAAUUUUGCGACUCUUUUAAUCUCGACACGGAGAAACGCGUCGUUUUCACCGGACCACUGGGGAGUUAUUUUGGGUAUUCUGUGGAGUUCUUCGGCAACUCUUCCAGUCCUAGUAUUUUGAUUGGGGCUCCUAAAGGCAACACGAGCCAGCCUGGAAUUACUGAAGGAGGAGCUGUCUUCAUGUGCCACUGGAACCAAACUAACUGCAGCAUUAUCAACUUUGACAAGCAAGGUGAUCAGUAUUUUUAUAUAAAUGAUGUGAACACUCAGAUUGAGUUCAAGUCCCAGCAGUGGUUUGGAGCAACUGUGCGUUCUCAAGGCAACAAUGUCCUGGCUUGCGCUCCCAGGUAUUAUUGGAGGACCGAACAUGACACGCCCUUCUCUGACGUGACGGGAACUUGUUACCUCUCUGUGGACAACCUCAAAUCGUUUGUGGAGUAUGCUCCUUGUCGAACAGAAAGACAUGGACCUGCAGGACAGGGUUAUUGUCAAGGAGGAUUUAGUGCUGACUUGACCAAGGACGGAAGAGUUGUUCUUGGUGGACCGGGCAGCUUUUACUGGCAAGGUCAGCUGAUAUCAGCUACCCCAGACGAGAUUGUUAAGGCCUACUACCCUUCAUAUUUUUUACUCUCGGUUGCUGGUCAGAUCCAAACAGGACAAGUGCAGGGAAGCUAUGACGACAGCUACUUGGGUUAUUCUGUGGCUGUUGGCGAGUUCAGUGGGGAUGAUGAGGAAGAUUUCAUCACAGGAGUUCCAAAAGGACUCAUGCUGUAUGGUUUAGUGUCCAUAUUGAAUGCAAGGGAUCUGAAAUCACUGCUCAACGUGACAGGAGAGCAAAUGGGCUCCUACUUUGGCUAUGCAGUGGUAGCCACUGACAUCAACAAUGAUGGACUGGAUGACCUUGUGGUAGGAGCUCCAAUGUUCAUGGAUCGAGGUUCCACCGGGCGCCCAGAGGAGCUUGGGAAAGUUUACGUGUACCUGCAGAAGGAACCUUUGGUGCUUGAGCCCAGCGUACAGCAUUUACUUGGCCAGCAGCAGUUCGGGCGUUUCGGCACAUCACUGGCACCUUUGGGUGAUCUCAACCAGGAUGGAUUCAAUGAUAUGGCCAUUGGCUGUCCUUACGGAGGAGAAGACCAAGAGGGACUGGUUCUUAUUUACAACGGUUAUCCUCAGGGAUUGAAAGACACGCCCACUCAGACUCUCUCUGGCCACUGGGCUCCCACUUCUUUCCCUGCCAACUUUGGUUUUGCGCUACGGGGCAAUAUAGAUAUGGAUCUAAAUGGCUACCCAGACCUGAUUGUUGGUGCUUUUGGGGCUGACAAAUCUGUGCUGUAUAGGUCUCGACCAAUUGUAACCGCAAGUGCAUCUCUCACAGUACAGCCAACAAUGUUCAACCAAGAAGAGAAGAUUUGUGAGCUUCCCAUUAGGAAUGGAAACAUUGCCGUGUCUUGUGUCAGCAUCACCUUCUGUUUGCUGGCUCAAGGAAAGCACCUCCCUUCUCAUCUAGACUUUUUGGUGGAAAUUCAGUUGGACAAUAUGAAGCAGAACCAGAAGGAAUCUGUCAGGAGGACUCUGUUUCUGGACAGUCAGCAGCCCAGUUUGGUGAAGACUUUCAGGCUCACCAAUGGACAACGCUUGUGCCAUGACACCAGGAUCUAUUUACGGGCAGAAGAGGAGUUUCGGGAUAAACUCUCCCCCAUAGUCAUCAGUCUGGCCUUCAGCCUGGAUCCCCAAGCCCCAAUAGACCGACAUGGGCUCAGACCUAUCUUGAAUGAUCACACUGAGCAACAAAUAGAGAAGAAGGCCCAGAUUCAACUGGAUUGUGGAGAAGACAACAUCUGUGUGCCUGACCUGAAGUUGUCUGUCUAUGGUGACAAAAAAGAAGUUUACCUGGGUGACGAAAACUCCAUGAGACUCACCUUCAAUGCCAGAAAUGAAGGAGAAGGGGGAGCCUAUGAGGCUGAGCUCUAUGCGCUGCUUCCCAAAGAGGCUGACUACAGUGGGAUCAUUCGCAACAAUGAGAGUCUGACUCAGCUAACAUGCAGCUACGAAACAGAAAACGAGACACGCUUCCUUAUGUGUGAUCUGGGAAACCCCAUGAAACCUGGCACUAGUUUUUGGGCAGGUCUCCGCUUCACUGUUCCCAGACUCACUGACAGCCAAAACACUAUCCAAUUUGAGCUGCAAUUAAGAAGUAAAAAUUUAAAUAACUCAGAGAGUGAAGUCAUUGUGUUCGAGUUGGAGGUAGCUGCAGUGGCUGAUGUCAUUCUGCAGGGUGUUUCUCAGCCAGACAAAAUCUUCCUCCCUCCCCCCAACUGGAGUGUUAGUCACAGUUUGACGGACGAGCUGGAGAUCGGCCCUGAGCUUCAACAUGUCUAUGAAUUUGUCAACAAUGGCCCUAGUACAAUAAGUCAGUCAACAUUAGAAGUGAGAUGUCCUCUGAGGGCUCAAGGUCACGACUUCCUCUACCCUGUGGAAGUGGCCACUGAGGGGCCACUCAGAUGCUCCUCCAAACAUGUCCUGAAUGCUCUGAAACACAAGCUUCAGUCUUCAGCUCCAAGAAGUCCCUCAACUCUGAAGUCCAGCUUGGAACAUCAUAUCCAGAAGAGGGAGGCCAAAGGACCCAUGACUGGAAAAGGAAACUUGACAUGCUCCCCAACUGUGGAGUGCUGGCAGCUCGAGUGUAACAUUGGACUGCUGGAGAGAGGAGCCAGUGUUAUCUUGACCAUUCACUCCAGACUUUGGGCAGAAACUUUCCUUAAGAGUGCUUACAAACAGUUUGUUUUGGAGUGUUCUGUUCAGUUUGUUGUCGACAAGAUGCCCUACUCCAUUCCUCCAAAAUCCAAACAAUCUGGAUUGAAAAAGGUGUUGACAGCUGUAUUGUGGAAUAAAGCAGACAGCUUAUUCUAUGUUCCUGUGUGGAUCAUCAUCCUUGCUGUUCUUGCUGGGCUGCUUUUACUCUCACUGCUCAUAUAUCUGCUGUACAAGAUGGGCUUCUUCAAAAGGUCAGAUCCAUAUGGCGCCACCAUGGAGAAGGCCCAGCUCAGACCCCAGGCGUCAUCAGAAGCCUAAAUCCAAGAUGGAGGAGCUGUUCAUCGCCAAUGGAUAUUCUCACAUAUAGUACCUAAAUUAUUAUGAGGUUUUCUAAUGAUGAACGUUAUUGUUGGUGGAUAUUUUUGGGUGUUGGAUCACUGGACCACGAAUUACCUGGUGCUGCACUAAAAUCUAAACCACAAAUAUGAGAAGGCCAUGCAGUUAACAAGGCACGGCUGAUACUAAACUAUUUCUGUCUCAAGAGAGAAUCGGAAGAAUUUAUGUAUCAUUGUGUUGGAUUUCGAAUUUUUUUGUUUGAGCAUGUUGCUCCAUUCCAGACAGCUUUGAGUUUGUUAUGUAAUGGAUCGUCUUCAGAUCUUUGCUCAGUGAGUAAUUAGUGAAUGCAGUGGGUGGUGCACCAUGUCAGGAGUAUGAAGAAAGGAAGUGUUAAUAAAUGUUACAAGAUGAUUGAAUGGCAAAUCUCCAUGGUCAAUGUGGCACAUGGUCACAGUUGAGAAGUUCUGGAUUUAAUCCGUGGUUCAGCAGUUUUGCAUGAUCUUCUCGUGUUUGCGUGGGCUUUCUCCAAGUACUUGUGUUUCCUUCCACAAUCUGAAAACAUCCAUGUUGGGUUAAUUGAAGAGUCACAAUUGUCCACAGGUGUGAAUGUGAGUGUAAGUGGUUAUUUGUUAAUAGACUAUAUGCCUUGUGAUUGGGUGGUGCCCAGUCCAGGGUGUAUACCCCAUCAGCUAAGCAGCAACAUGAAUGAGUCCAAAGAAAAUUGAUGGCUUGAUGUUGCAUACAUAUCAACAAAAAAAAAAUAAUCUUAAGUGUAGUCACAAUCUGCUUCAACAAUUACAUUAAUUAAAAUGGGGUAAAUGUUCAAUAAGAGCAUUUUCUUUUUUUCAUGCUCACCAAAUGAUGCCCAUUGGUCCUUUAAAGACCCGUUUCAGUCCAGGGAACACAAACAAAAGGCAUUAAUGCGCUGGUAUUUUGUUCACUCUGAAAAGAUUAAGUAGUUUGUAAUUUCAGUUUCAGUUCGGUAUUUCUUUGACGUCAGUGAUGUUACUUGUAAAAGAAUGUAAUACCAUUUAUGCCACAGUGUCGUUAUGUUGAAAUUGAAAUGUACUGUACUGCCUGCAGGACAAUCCUGAACAAACUGCAAUUUUUAACAAGAAGAAUGUCCUCUUCCAUAUUGGGAGGUAAUCUGUGUGUAUUAUUAAUGUAUGAUGUUUAUAUCUUGACUCAGAAUAAAGCCUCAUUUUCUAUA